AUGCCCCUCACGGUCCAGGACCUGGUGCAGGUGGAGGCCUGUCAGGUGUUUUACUUGGUGGCCUCCUCUGCCCAGGUCAACUGGGUCAAGGGCUUUGGCCUGACAGUGGGUGGCAUAAAAAGAUUCAGAGAACCAAAGCAUGAAAGACGUCCUUGGAGGAUAUGGUUUUUAGAUACUUCCAAGCAAGCCAUAGGGAUGUUGUUCAUCCACUUUGCAAAUGUGUAUUUAUCGGACCUUACCGAAGAGGACCCUUGUUCACUGUACCUUAUAAAUUUCUUGCUUGAUGCCACUUUAGGAAUGCUGUUAAUCUAUGCUGGUGUGCGUGCAGUCAGCAGCAUAGUAGAAUGGCAACAGUGGGAGUCCCUUCGUUUUGGUGAAUAUGGUGACCCACUUCAGUGCACUGCUUGGGUGGGACAGUGUGCCCUAUACAUAGUGAUCAUGAUGUUUGAGAAAACCAUCAUCAUUAUAGUCCUCCUAAUACCUCAGUGGAAAGAGGUAGCUUUAUUGAAUCCUAUAGAGAACCCCCAGCUGGAGCUGGCUAUCGUCAUGCUGAUAGUUCCCUUCUUUGUUAAUGCAUUGAUGUUUUGGGUAGUGGAUAAUUUUCUUAUGAAGAAAGGAAAGACAAAAGCUAAACUUGAAGAAAAGGAAGCAGGACAGGAUUCGAGGAAUGGAAGUAAAGUCCGUUACAGGAGAGCAGCAUCACAUGAAGAGUCAGAAUCAGAGAUCCUCAUUUCUGCAGAUGAUGAAAUGGAGGAAUCAGAAGUUGAAGAGGAUCUGCGGAGACUGACUGAUUUAAAGCCUGUUAAGAAGAAGAAGCAUCGUUUUGGGCUGCCUGUAUGAUGUAUUCCCUGGCCUGUAAAUGUGCAGGUUUUGUGGCAAAGACUUUUCAGUCAGUUGCAUUUCACUUUGCAACAGCAUCCCUUUUUUCUUACAAACUGACUCAAAACCAGGCCUCUGAAUAGGAUGCAGGGAGAUGGAAGACUUUCCAGUUCAGUUGCACUACAGAAAUGCUAACCAAAUAUGCAAGCGUGUCUUUUCAUCACAUGUGAAAACAGCAUUAUUAGGGACCAAGGACUAGGGUGAUUUGUAUCUGAGAUUUCACAGAAGACCAUAAAAAACAAAUACUACAAUGGUUAAUUUAUGGUUACUGAAUGAGUCGAUGCAAGAUGAUCUGAAAAAGGCAUGAGGAUUGACUAAGUUAAACCAGUAAGUUUUAUUACUAAAACUGGCUUUUGCAACAUAUUAAGUACUAGAGCAGAAUAGUUUUAUGGUUACACACAGUAACAAUGUUAUUUUUUUAAGUAUAUGUUUACUUUGUACAAGGUACCUAUAAAAGUAAUAGGUGGGAAAAGAUUUUUUUUUCAAGUCUCCUCUAACCAGUUUGACAGUUUUAUAUUUAAGUUAUAUUUUCUUACUGUUAUUUAAAGAUUCUCUUUGUCAGAGAAAUGUAAACAAUUCCCUUUUUGUGCAGAAAAAAGGUCAAGAUUUGGACUGACAUUCUUGUUUAUCUGUGUUUCCCAACUACAAAAACGCAAAGAGAUCAUAAAGAGAAAAGCUGUCUUUUUCACUACUGAAAUCACCAAAUAUCCAGUAGAAAUGUAACCCUAAAUGUGGUUUUAGCCACAUUGUUUUACAAUACAUUUUUGUAUAAUGGGAGAUUGUACUCUGCAUAUUUGGCAAACAUGCACUUUAGCAUACAGCAAAAACAAACCUUUCUUAUUAUAUAGUUCCUUUAUCUAAGAAAUGAACUUCUAAGGAUGACUGCUGAUAUUUAUUGCUUAAAAAUCUAAAAGUCUCCUGAUCAUACCUCUCAGCAGUUUAAAAGGAGGCAGAACAUUCCUUUUUUCUAUUUACUUGUAUGGUUUCUAGCACAUGGAAUCUUAAUCUGAUAGCAGAUAUUAGCACAGUGAUGCAAAUAAUAAUUCUAUCCCAUGUUUGUAUCUUUGGUUUAAAAGAUUUCUGCCAUUUAAAUAUGUGUGUAUAGUGCUGACAUUUAAUAAUAAUUUAUUGGAAGGCUUUAAAGUGAUGUUUUUCUAGCUCUCUUCUUCAUUUCCUCAAAAAACCUGUCUCUUUCUUCCUUGUUCUCUUUCGAAUAAGACUGAGAGGUAUAAAGCACCUGUUACUGCAUCAGCUACAUAUCUGCAGCUUUCAGUAUCAGCUUUCUUUGGUUACUGAAAGUAAGUCUAUUUGAGUUCAGCAUCAGUAGCUAUGUUUUCAGUGGUGUAUUGCUAUGAGUAUUUCCUAAAAAACCUAAAUGAUGAUUAUGGUUUUGACAACUUUCUUGGCUUAAUCAAAUUUUGCAUAGCACAAGGUGAUAUAUCAAAGAAAUAAAGGAUUAUAUAUAUAUUGCAAAUCUGUGGUAGUAUGUGGACAUCACAUAUGUUCCAAGCCUUAAACCAAACAAUUUCACUGGAAAACAGCUAGAACUUUUUAAUAAUUUUUUACAUUUUUAUAAACUUGCCUGGUCUUAAUGUGGCAUAUUAUCAAGACUAAGUGGUAUCGGUGGGCCUUAGGAAAUAUUAAACUGUGCACUCACUCCCUUGCUUGCUUUUGCUGUUCUAACAUUCCUGUUUGUUUCCUGCUUGGCUGGUUGAGGUGAACAGAACAUCCUGGGACUUUAUAGAUAAACCUCAAUCUCUCCAGCUAACGAAAAGGGACAUGUUAUCAAACCUGACAUUUGAGAGUUAACUAGAGUUGCUGACCUGUUACUGUGCACUAAAAUGUAAUGUUUGCAAUAAGUUGUUAAAUACUAGUUGUGUGCUGUGUGGGGUUUUUUUAAAAAUAAAUUGAAGAACUCAUGUAGAUGCUGACCCAGAGCAAAUUUACUCCCAGUCAGCCUAGCCAGCAAGGGGCCACAGGGGACGGGGAGCUCUGUUUGUAGUCCUGGCACUGCUCAGCUCCCCCCGCUCCCCCCAGGAGCUGAAAGCCAAUCAGCUACAGGACUGGGGAGCUCUCUGCCUCCUGUCCUGGCUCCUAGCACAGAGCUCUGGAGGAUGAACAG